UGCGCGCUAGACGUGUGUGCCCGAUACCGAGAUUGUUUUUUCCAGUGUAAAGAAGCCAACAGAGUUUUUAAUUACUCGCGGAAUAGCGAAUAAGCGUGUGCGGGAUCGGUAUUGCAACAGCCUUCUUUGAUCAGCUGAAUAAGUGAAGUGAGAGCAAUUUGAAGUAUCAAAUCGUACCAAAGCAAUCAGUGACAGUGGAGGAAAACGGAAGAUUUAGAAACAUGUUAAAUUGUGCGGAUUUAGUGCAAUUCGACCAAUACAGUUUGCAGCUGUACAACUAUGCUAUGGUCGAACGAUUCCGAACUAAUCAGUUUUUCAAUUACGGCAAUAUAGUGACCGAUCCGAGGACCCUAUCGCGGUUUUUCAAACCUUCCGUGUAUGUGAGCAAUCCGGCCGACGUUGUUCCGAAUGCAUUACUAGCCGACGCCAGUAAGUUAUCGUCCGCACCAAAGCCACAGUACAGCUACAUCGGAUUGAUUGCGAUAGCGAUUCUAAGUUCCCCGGAACGGAAACUGGUCCUGUCGGACAUCUACCAACAUAUUCUGGACAACUACAGUUACUUCCGGAGCCGAGGUCCCGGCUGGCGCAAUUCCAUUCGUCACAAUCUAUCGUUGAACGACUGUUUUAUCAAGGCCGGUCGAUCAGCCCACGGCAAAGGCCACUAUUGGGCUGUCCAUCCGGCAAACGUAGAAGACUUCCUGAAGGGAGAUUUCCGCCGUAGAAAGGCUCAGCGUAAGGUCCGACGCCACAUGGGUCUUACCUCGGACGAUGACAUUUUCGACAACAGUUCACCAAGACAGUUUUUUCCUGCGAUCCCGUCAUCUCCGGUGUUGAAUCCAGCGGCGUACAUGCCAACAGCUACCGAACCAUUGAGCAGUGCAGCAGCAGUGGCUGCCGCUGCCGUUUGCGCCUAUCCGACGACCAUUGAACAGCAGCAGGUGGCCAUCAUCAAGGGGGCCAUGGAGAGUUUCUCCCGUAAACGACAGUUCGAUGUGGAAUCCCUCCUGAAACCGGACGACGCAAACUCUUCAUCCAGCUCGCACCAAGAACCAGUGGAGAAGAAACGAAGGACGGCGGAUACACCGACGGGACUGGUUCUGCCACCGUUGGCCCAUCAUCAUCAUCAUCACCAUCAUGGACAUCCGUUGGCGGCGUUCGGUUCUUUGGCGGUCACCGCCGGGGGGCUACCCAAAGUGCUACCAAAGCAAACCUAGAGAUGAGCGAGCAAUGGCAACUGUCCCUGCCAUUGGCGCGUAGAGUAGAGUAGGUACUCGUUGUAGUUUGUAUAGGAAUUUCUUAACUUUAAAUCGAUAAGAGCAAAAAAAAAACCAACAACCAACACCGCUGACUGUAGCCUAACUGUGACCUAUUGUUGCGUGUAAACAAUGGACGAUAAAGAAGAAGAAAAAAUGGGGUAUGCCAAUAUGUGUGAAAGCGCAAAUGUUGAUAAAUUUACUAAUGAGCUAGACAAAAGUUACGGAUCUAGUCGUUGCUAGAAAUAGAACAGAGCAGAUGGCGCAAGUAGCUUACUUGUGGAGUUUUAAGGUACUUAAUGGUAGUAGUUUUUUUUCUCCUAACGUAACUUAGAAAGUAUUUUUUUCAGUCCAUUUGUACGAUUCUUACUGCAAAACGUUUAUUUGUUAUCGAAUGAAUUUGUCCAAGGAUGUAAGGAUAUUUGAUCAAGUGGGUCGAAUAACCUUAAAUGGAACUGAUUGCUUUUGCUUGUACCUGAGCUAUAUAGUUUUCUCAAAUGUAGAACGACGAAUGGUAUUCGAUUGUGAGAGAGGACCUAAGAAAAUACAAUAUUUCCAUAAUAUCGCUAUGUCAAUACUCAGCCUGUCAAGAAUCCGAACAUAAUGGCUCGCGUUCCAUGGACCCUAGGAACUUAGACCAGUUUUCCGACUGUUUAGAAGUUGUUAGAUCGUUUAAUACGAGAACCACAGCAAAAAAUUCAGCUCGUUUGCUCGUUUGCAGAAUAUAUUGGCUUUGGUUAAAUUAUUUAAAUAAACAUUCUCUAAUGUAUAUUGAUUACGGAUAACCGACAAUUGACGAAAUUGUAAUUGAAACAUUUAAUAUGCAUUCCCAAGAGAGUGGCGAAAUUUGAUCUGAGAAUAGAUGCUAGGUCUGCAGAAUUGGCUGUAAAUCUGCCGAUUUCUGUUGCCGAUAAGCUGUAGACAUGUUUUAUUUGCAGACUCUCAAAAAUCACGUUUUUCACAGACUUUGGUCAAAAUUUACGGACUUUUGAACUCGCCGCGGUCUUUUUUUUUUUUACUCGCCUAACCAAUUCCGUACAUCAUUCUUCAUAGAAAGUCCGCAGACUUUUGUUUUCGAGUUUACGACUUUUUCAACCCUGCCUGAAUAUACUAACAAUUUUCAACUGGCACCUCUGGAUUUACGAUCUUUAAGCUUUUUAAAAAAAACUACGAAUCAUUGUUGCUGUGGCUGUUUUUUAUAACUCGAAAAAACAAAACACUCAACAAAAAUAAUCACGGAUAUAGCGUAAUGGGUAAAUCACAGUCUUUCACCUACAGCCUACCUGGUUUCUAUUCCCAACUGAUAGGAUCAGGAAAUUUUUCUGUCUCAUCGAACAAAACUCACAAUCGUAAUCAGAAGUAUUUGAUAGAAUAAGUGAACUCUAGUAUCUGAAAGGCACCUGAUUUUAACGUACAGUUUCUAAACUGUCAAAUUACCAGGUGAUUGUUGACCUACUGGUAAAGUUAUAAUUUACUAAAAAUUUAAGAUUUUUUUGUAUUAAUCCAGCAGUGUGUUGGUGAGAAGUGAGAAAACUAUCUUUUUCGCAAAAAUAAUUUGAACAAUCGCAAACAAUUUAUUUCUCUAAAAAUGUGCACUCCGGAAAAAUUGCACUUUGAAUAUUAUCCAUUUUUAAAAAGGCGGGUGAGUAAUGUCAGAGACAUAACUGGAGGACGUGAAUACGAGUAAAGCUGACAUGCUUUUUCACACUUCCGAAUAUAAAUAAUCUUCUUGAAUUGAACUUAACGGAACACCAUUCAGUAUCUUCUCACAAGCUACAAAUCGCAAAGAAAUCACGUGUUUUUUACAUGAAUACGUCUACUUUGAGACAGCUUUCCAAAAUUCACUCUAUACAAGACUGGGCAGAACUUAAUCGUGAAUAUCUCCUUUUGUAUUUACGGUGGCAACAUACUUUUUUCUUCAUACCAUUGGAAAUAUGUUCAGCAAUUUAUGACAAAAUUUUCAGUAGUAUGAGAUAACCUGAAAUAACUUAAAAUUCACGAUUUCUAAAAUGUUUCGUAUGAACAAGUCUUAAGGUGAAAUCGCAAACUAAGGCGAUUCAAUUAAUAUACAAAAUUCUCUUAUAAUUGAUUUUCUUACCUGAAUUUGGAGCUUAAUUUCAGGUUUAGAAUUUAGUUCAAAAUUACAGGUUCAAAAAUUAAAACUAAGACUCUGAAAGUGAUUUUUAAUUCUGGAUUCUGGAACAAAAUUUUUAGAACUGCUUUCUUGACUUGCUUUUUGAACUUAAUUUAGUUCCUUGAUUUAUGUUCGGAACUGAUUUAGAAUUUCAACAACUAGCUGUUAGAUAUGAACUCCGAACCUGAGUUUGGAACUUCUGAACCAGAAUUUAAUUCCUGAGUUCAGUUUCAUAAUUUAUUUCUUGAAUUUAAAUAAUUCAAGUUAAGAACUUGCAUUCUGGAACUAGAACAUCGAAUUGAAUUUCGUUUCUUUAUUCAAGUUCGGAAUUCAGUUCAAGAACUAAAUUCGGAAUCUGCAUUCUCAAAUCGAGUUCAGUUCCAAAUUUCACCUUAUUUUAUGAAUAGAAAUCCGAAUCUGAAUCUUGAGCCUUUCCUAGCUUCCAAUUUUUGUUCUGGAAUUCAAUUUCAGUUCCUGGUCCAGAAUUUAGGUACUGGUGUAGAUGAAAAAAGUAUGGCAAAUAGUAUUCAACAGUUGAAAAUAUCGGAUAAAUUUUGCAAUUCGGUUCUUUUUAGAAUCAACAAAAUAUUUCCAACGGAUUUAUAGAAGUUUUAUUCGCAUUCAUAUCUUCCAGCUAUGUCUGUUACAUUACCCACUCCCCCUUUUCAAUACGGUCAAUCAGCCCUUUGUCAACAUCCACUAUGAAGGAGAAUUUCUGGCAAACGAUUACCGCUUGAAACUUUCAGUGAGUGUCGAACCAUCUGGAAUCCUCCUUCAAAAAGAAUGGGUUUUUGGUAGCUUUCAGUAAAAAAACGCGUGCAAAACACAAUACACGAAAUUGCUGUGGAAAUUUUUUUAUUUCAUAACAUAUUUUUGUUCUAAACAUUUUAGUAACCCUUGAGGAACGCGUUCUAAUAAAUACGGACGGACACGUGAAUUGGACCAUUCUGGUUAUCUGGUUCUGGAUCCACAACUCUAUGCUUCUAUGCCAAGGGAACUUGCCUUUCGGUGUCAGUCAUUCGGGUUCUGUUCGCGCACUUCUGCACUGUCCAAAAUCUCACACUUUUCUUAUUUGAAAUAAUCGCACGGAUCGAUAAAGUGCAAGGUUGAUGAAUCCUUAGUAUUCUGCCUUCUUGUGAUGCAAGACUCAUCGGAUUUAAAUCGCUUGCCAAAUAAUCAAAUUUGUACAAUUUCUUUGUGCGCUCUUGUUUUAGAACGGACCAUUUUGACUUCGUUACAAAAUAUUUCGGUUGUUAUGUAAUAACAAAAUUGUGUCAUUCUAGUCUAUAGAAAAGUGGCAAUUUCGGUAAGCUGCUCCAAAGAGUCAAUUUACUUUCAAGUUACGAAGUUCCUUUUUAAAUUAAAGUAUUAUUUCAAAAUGUUCUGUAGCAAUAUUCUGGAAUUCGCAUAAUGAAGAUAUAUUUGAAGUAUAAACAAUUUGAAACAGUAUCUCGAAAAUUUGGAAAUAUGUGGAACAAAUUUGACCAACGUUCAAAAGAUCCGAUUAAAAAACUAUUAGAAAAAGUAGAGUUCCCUACUUUCCUCUAUUUUUAAGAUUAUUUUUACUUCUGUCAGUAAUUUUCAGCUGCUCCUAUUUCUCGCUCACUUAAAUUUAAGUGUAUAGAUGUUGGAACCACUAGUUUUUCUAAUAGUGUUUUUUUGUGAUCAUACUUACAAACGUUGAUAAUAUUUGUUCCUGGUAUUUGCCUUUUAAAUUGUCUUCAGCUUGUUUCCUUGUUUCAAUAUGAUCUACAAAUUUGCUGAAGACAUGAACUCUAUAUCUAGUGGUGUAUGCAAUUUUUUUCUGCUCAUUUCUAGGUAGAUUAAUGACAACUUUGAAUAUAACAAAGGAAGCGAACUGUUCCGAACAGAAAUUCCAAAGUUAACGCUUGAAGCACAAACGAAAACCGCGUGAACUAGCAUUGAGGUAAAAUUCAGUGCCAAAAGACGGAUUGGUAAUGUCAGAGACAUAACGUGAAAACGAAUAAAAUGGAUCGAUCAUCGAUUUAUUGACCGUGACAGAAUCUGGAUUCUGAAACUGGAAUUCAGGAACCGAAUGCUUGAACUGAAUUCAGAAACUCAAUUUUGAUGCUAGAUUCUUGAAUUGAAUUUUAAACCUGAACUCGGUAAUUGGAAUCCGAAACUGAGUUCUGAAUUGUUAAACUGAUUACUGAACCUGUGUUAUGAAACUGAAUUCGAGACAUGGAUUCUGGUUCGACACUGAAUUGUGAACUUGAAUCCUCUGAAUCUGAUCCGCAACUGAAUUUUAGUUACAGAGUUUUCAAAUUCGUAUCCUGAAUUCAGCUCAGAAAUUCUGCUCUAACAUAGAAUUAUGAUCCGGAAUUUAGUUUUAAAAAUCUUCCGAAUCUAGUUCCUAAAUUCAUUUCCACUUCAGAUUCAGAAUUCUAAACCUUUAUUUUAAAUCUGAAUUCCGGACAGUUCCAGAUCUAGAAUCGAGAUCCUGAUCUCAUAUCCAGAAUUCGGUUCCAAAUCCCGGCUUUGAAUGUAUUUCCAAAACUCGGCUUCAGUACCAGAAUUCUGAUACUUGAUGCUGGCCUUGAUUUCUGGACGAGGAACUGAAUUUGAGAAAAAAAUGGAAAUGAAAAAAAAAACAGGUCUUGUAUUCUGAAACUGAAUUUCAGAACAGAACCCUAGAAUUGGAUUCUGGACCUGGAGUCUGGAGUCUGAGCUGAACGAGUCAACUGCGCUCUUCACUUAUCAAUCAUUUAAAAAAAAAACGUUACUUUUUAAAACGUGCCUCUUAGUAAAGAAAGGCGUAUUCACAUUUAAUGAAAUAGCAGGAAUUAAAACUAGCAAAAAAUUUAUUCUGUGAUGAGAUCUAUAAGAAAGAAUGAAGAAAAAAAACAACUCUAUGGUUAUGUUCAAAAAUUUCCAGGAAAAUCAGGCACCUCCAAUCAUAGCCUAUCCGACGAACGUGAUAUGAAUUGUAGCAGUAGACAAGAUGUGAAGAUAAUUCAUUUUAGCUCUGGAACCGAUACACGGCUAAAAAUAAAAUUCGAUGGCGUUCGUGUUCAUGCGGUAGCUUUUUAAAUGGCACCACUGUUUGUCAACUCUUUGAAACCGUCUAUGCUCACUCAAUGUUUUUUUGUUUAAGUAAUCAAAAGAAGUUUGUGUAAAUUUGUUUUUACGUAAAACGUUAAAGGAGUAUCCUCCCACCUAAAAACUCUUCCUAAAAUCAAUUGUUUUGUAAAUAUUAAGUUACUAGCAUCUGCUCUGGAAUAUUUCGCACAAAAAACGCACACACACGUUGGCAGACUCUAUUGUUAUAAAACUAGUGAUCCAAAUCUUUAUAAUUGUAUUCUAUAUAUAAAUGAAAUCAGAAAAUAAAUGUACUCUUUAUAAAUCUAAUCAAA